AUGACACCCACUAUUUCUUAUCAAAUCGCCGAGUGGUGCACAUCGCAGGAAUAUGAAGGCAUUAGUGCACAAAUGUGUGUAGUGAGUUUUGGCUUUGAUGUGGAGGCCAUUGCCGCGCAUAUUCUCCACAAAACACUCACCUCACUACCGUCUAUGAACUCCUGCAUUUCAUGUAUUGUAUUGCCUGAUAGUAGUAGUAGUAGCAGCAGUAAUAAUAAUAAUAAUAAUAAUACUAACAAUAACAAAAGUAAUAGUAAUAGUUGUAAUCAUAACAGAGGUGGAAUGUUAACACGUGUGGCAUCGGCUCUCGCAUCAUCUCUUCAUCAAAAUGAUAAUAAUGAUGAUAGUGAAUCUGUGCAUCUUCACGUGGUGGAAGAGGGUACUUCCACACGUGCACGUUGUAGUUAUUACCAAACAGGUGGAGUAGUCGUGUUGAAUGCACGUACACUCUGUGCAGACUUAUUACACCGGCGGGUAUCACGUGAGUUGGUAGGUGUUGUUAUUGUUUUACUACCGCAGGGAUGUUCAUAUCGUUCAGAGAGUAAUUUAUCCAGUAUUGCUUUUUGUUCAGAGAUAUUAUUACGUGGUGGUAGUACUGUUCUUCUUCCUACAAGUAGACCUUAUCCAGUGUUUAUUAUUCUUUCAGAUGAUCCAUGUGCGGUACGUUAUUUAGUGCAAAGACGACAUAUAGGGAAAGAACCAUUUCUUUCAAAAUUACAUGUGGAUGAUAUUCAACUCUUUCCACGUUUUCGUCUUGAUGUUGUACGGCACUUUGAACAAUUAGCGAAGGAACGACCACUUGCAGUUGAACGUGUGACGGUUGGAACUUCAAAAAGUGUUGCGGCUCUUGAUGGGUUACUUUCUCAGGUGAUUAAAGAAGUUUUGGCAGAACUUCAGGCUCUCGAAAUACGUCUUUCCUCAAAUUCACAGAGUCUUCAUAAGGGGAAUGAGAGAGAGGGUAAUAGUAAUGGUAGUUUUGAUAGUACCCAUACUCAUAGCUCUCAUUAUCAUCAUCAUCAUCAUCGUAAUAAUAAUAAUAAUAAUAAUAAUAAUAACAAUAACAAUGAUGAUCCAUUUGCACGUAUGCAGCCAUUAUCACGUCGUUCACGAUUAGAACAUCAACAACCUCCACGAUAUGUUCGAAAACCAUGGAUGUCUUUUUCAGAUUCCACUCUCAUUUUAUUUUCUCGUAUUCGUGAAGAAGACGCUUUAGAUGUGGUGGACUUUAGUUUAGAAGAAGAUAUGCAAUCGGCUCUACGUGCGCAUGAACCAUCGUGGCCAUUUGCUAAAUUGAUUGAAAGUCUGUUGGAUGUACGUCGACUACGACGGACUUUGCGUCGACUUUCACCCUUUGCGUGGCUCUUUACACUUGAAACUGUUUUGGCUUCUCGCACACGGCGAUAUACAUAUACGCGUGAUCAUACAAUCUCAUCAGCGGGAACUGCAGGGGUUCAACCACCGGAUGCUCCAUGGACAUUAUCGAAGCACUUUGGCUCAAUUGUUGCACUGGCGAUUCACCGUAUUGGUAGAAUAGAAGUGCGUUAUAAUAAUAAUAAUAAUAAUAAUAAUAAUAAUAAUAAUAAUAAUAAUAAUAAUAAUAAUAAAAUUAGUGGGGGUGGUAGUGGGAAGGAGAAGGACUCUUACCGAUGUGUUGCGGAUUCCCAUGUUGUAGUGGAAGAUGAGGAUUUGGAUGUUUCUGGGGAUGAUGGCGAUGUGGUCUGUGUGGAUCCCCCAUUUGGAUUACAAUCCAAUCAACAACAACAAGAACAAGAAGAACAACGACUUCUUCUUCCCCGCAGUGAUGAGGCAGAUCCAUCUAUGGAGUAUGCUAACCGCGUUGUACAGAGUUGGUGCCGGAAUGUACGCCGUAAAUCAUUCAAAAAAUGUUCAACUGAUCCUUUACUAAUGGUGGUUGUUUUUGGAGAACGAGCACUGCGACGAUAUGUAUGCCGUCUCACUCAUUCUUUAGAAGAAUUUCAAACCUUUGAACUUAAUAGUUUUAUUGCAUCUUAUCAGUCAAAGCAUGGUGCUAAUAUUCGUCAACGGACAGAGGUCCCAACAUUGGAGAAACCCACUGCCGCAAAUUUACGUACAUGGUUUCUUUCAGAUGCCGUUGAUGAUGAUGAUGAUAACGUUGAAGAAGGAGAAGAAGAAACAGAGAGUAAUGAUGAUAAACAGAGAAUCCCUCUCUCACAAGAGCCAAGUUUUCUCUUUUCACAAGAUAGUCGUAUACAGAAUAAUAAUAAUAAUAAUAAUAAUAAUAAUAAUAAUAAUAAUAAUAAUAAUAAUAAAACAGCAUGUACUCCAGGUGGUGCUCCUUCACUUCAUCAAUUGCUGUUAAGCCAGACACCUUUUGAGAAUCUAUCUGAACAAGAAGCGCAAUUGCCUUCACAAGGUCAGAAUCCGAAGGAGAAUGAGGAAGAAGAGGGAUAUCGCCGUGUUACUUUAUUGGAUGUUGAGAGUGUUUGUGGUGGUAUUGCACAUCUUUCUGGAUCUUCAAAUGUUGAUAGUAUCGCAUCAUCACCUUCUUCUCACGUUGUAGUGGUGGACGCUGCACAAUUACGCACUUCCGAACUAAUUGCGAUGUUAAAAGGUACACAUGAAUUAAUGGCGAAACCAACGCAUCUUCUUAUUGUAGAACAGCAACUCCGUUUUCUUCGCAUGUUAGAAAUGGCACAGGAUGCGUUAUCCUCACAAGCUUUGGGACAACUUCGGGUUCAAAUGCUGGUUGAGCAUUUAGAGGAACCUUUAACAGCAGACCGUAUAGUAAUGGAAGAAAGAGAGGCAUUUGAAGGAUUAGCACAUGCAAAGGCAACACUAACAGGAACACUUCUCACAAGUCGUGAUGCAAUUCGUGCGGUACAAGAGCGAUUGGAGUCUGGAGAAGUGACUGAAAAUAAUUUUGGUCGUGCACGACGUAAUAUCUCAGUACUUCAAGAUGGUCGUAAUUUUAAUAAUAAUAAUAAUAAUAAUAAUAAUAAUAAUAAUAAUAAUAAUAAUAAUGUUAAUUAUGGUAAUGGAAAUGAUGAAACUUUAAAUACGGUUAAUGCACCACCACUUGUUGUAUUUGAUGAGCGGGAGUUUCGUUCACUUCUUCCAUAUGCGUUGUAUUGUCGAGGUAUUGAUCUUGUACCAUUAACACUUGCGACUGCUGAUUAUGUACUUUCACCAGAGUAUGCUUUAGAACGAAAGAGUGUUCCUGAUUUUAUUCAAUCCUUGUUCUCUGGUCGUAUACAUACACAAUUAGCAACUCUCUCAAGACGAUAUGAACACCCAAUGUGUCUUAUCGAGUUUGACCGUGGUGCACCUUUUCGUCUUUCUUUCGCAGCCUCUGCAGCAUUAAAUGAUGCCCCAAGUCGUAAUUUUACAUCUACUGGUGUUUCUGGUAUGAAUGGAGUAAAUGAUGGUGUUGGACUUUUUGCUCGUGCGGCUCGUUUAUUUGCAGCUUUCCCACGUGUUCAUAUUUUAUGGUCACGGGAUGCUACCCAAUCUGCUGGUAUUAUUUAUACAUUAAAGAGUAGUUGUGCUCGUGCUUCUGUAGACCCGAGUGCCCCAUCUCUUACGCGUGCAAAUGUGGAUUUACAUGAUUCCGAUGCCGCGAAGGAGACGGCACAUCUCGCCGCACGUGUUUUAUCAUGUUUCCCUGGAAUUACGCCAAGUAACGCACCGCGGGUGAUGGAGACAUGUGGUUCACUUGCUGGACUGGCAACUGUUGAUGAAUCAGCACUAGUGUCAGCAAUGGGAGAAGAAGAUGCGAAGAAACUUUAUACCUUUCUGCAUGAAGAUCUUGUGGCAGCAGUGGAUUAG